AUGUUUAAACUCAUUUCAUCGGAUCCCAUCAAUGGUGCCUAUACCGAGCUCUUUGCAGGUCUGAGCGAUACUAUUACCGAAGAGAAUAAUGGAGGAUGGGUAUCUCCCUUUGGUAAGGUCGAGAAGAUUCGAAAGGACUUUAUAGAACCAGAGCUCGGAGGCAAGUUUUGGGAUUGGACGAUGGCAGAGGUAAAGCCAUACCAGUAG